CGAGAAGACCAGACGUAUCCCUUCGUGACAAGCUGCCACUUGUUCUUUUCAGCUCGAGCCUUUUUUGGGAGCUACUCUGGUACAUCGUCCACACUGCUGCCAAGUCUCGACUUCCCAAAAUGGAUGGAAGUGACGAAUAUGGAGGACGCUAUCCUAGAACCCGUGGACAGAAGAGGAAGAGCGACGACUUGGGUGCGGCUGCGAAGUCUGCCUGCCCAACGCCAAUUGCUCCUCACCCAAAAACGCACCCCAUUGACGAAGAUCAUCCUUGUAUAGACGAUGAUAAAUACUCUCAUCUGACAAGAACACGUCAUCAGAAGUCACUGCCUGCUGCGAAUAACAGCGCAUCGUGUAUGACAAUCUCUUCACCAACAAGUGCUACCCCCUCUUGUCCAUCGUCACAUGAAGAACAUGGACAGCCGCAAGCUGGAAAUGAUUUCUCAACAGCAGAGAAGAACGAUACUAUCACGUUCACACCCUUGACACAGACUUGCGUCAUAGUGACAUUUGCGAAUAGCUGCCCCUGCACAUCUGGAUUCGGAAUAGCCUUACUAUCUUGA